UCCAAGUGUAAGUCCGCUUAGCAGCAAACUUUUCUGACCCUUGGGUCUGGUGACCCUUCAAUAACUGUCUCUGCGUCUGUGUACCGCUUAAAACGCUUGAUGCGACAUUGCUUCGAGGCAGUUGCUAUCUGGAACCCUCGUCGCAAUGUUCUGGCUCGGUUUAGGCCUUCCGUUGAUCGCGUUGUCCUUAUACCUGCUAUAUGUCUUCGAACGCCAAAGGAGGAUCGAUUGCCUUACCCGCAAUUGGCCAGCUCCACCGGCCCUGCCGAUCAUUGGCCAUCUGCACAUCCUGGCCAAAUUGGUGGGACCGCAUCCUCUUCGCCGCGCCACCGAAAUGAUCAACACCCAUCUGAAGGAUCAUCGCGGGAAACUUUGGAUGGGCACUAAGCUCUACCUGGUGGACUGCAAUCCCAAGGAUAUCCAGGCUUUGUGCAGUGCCCAGCAGCUCUUGCAGAAGACCAACGACUACACGAUCUUCGAGGACUGGCUCUGCGAGGGUCUCUUCACGAGUGGUUUCGAAAAGUGGUCCCAUCGCCGGAAGAUCAUCAUGCCAGCCUUCAAUUACGCCAUGAUCAAGCAGUUUGUGAAUGUCUUCGAGAGGCAGUCACGGAUUCUUCUGUCCAGGGUUACGGAGUUUGCAGAAUCCGGGGAACCAUUGGAUUUCCUCAAGCUGAUCAGCUGCUUCACCUUGGACACUAUUUGUGAAACGGCCCUCGGGGUAUCUGUGGGUGCUCUCUCGAGUGCCAAAUCGGACUAUCUGGAUGCUGUUCAAGAAAUCCUUGUGAUCAUCGACACCCGGUUAAAGAACCUUUUCUACCGCAGUUCCUUUAUAUUUCGUCGCACAUCGCAUUUUAAACGGGAGCAAGAGCUACUUAAAAUCCUUCAUGGUUUCACUGAGGGCAUUAUCCAAAAGCGAUUGGAUGAGAUCAGUCAGGAUGCGGAGAAUUUUAAUACCGAUAGCACUAAGAAUGCGGAACUGGAAGGGGGCAAGCGGACGCUCUGCUUUCUGGAUAGUUUGCUCCAGGCAAAAGGACCCUCUGGUCAGCCCUUGACAGUAAAAGAUAUUCGCGAGGAAGUGGAUACCAUUAUAUUUGGAGGCUUUGAUCUCACGGCCACCACCCUGAAGUUCUUUAUGUACAACAUGACCCUUUAUCCGGAGCACCAGGAGCGUUGCCGUGAGGAAGUGUGGUCGGUUUGCGGCAAGGACAAAAGGGAACCCAUCUCCAUGGAGCAGGUGCGUCAACUGGAGUUCCUGGAGGCUUGCGUGAAGGAGACACUGCGGAUGUAUCCUUCGGGUCCGAUCACGGCCAGGAAAGCCACAGCUAACUGCCAAAUCAAUGAUUUUUUCAUACCCAAGGGUAGCGAUGUGAUCAUUUCCCCAAUUUACAUGGGUCGCUGCAAGGAUUUCUUCCCAGAUCCGUUGGUCUUCAAGCCAGAUCGCUGGUCGAGUGGAGCGGAGCCCAAGAUCGAGGCCACCACAUUUAUACCAUUUAUGACUGGGGCACGGAGUUGUUUGGGUCAACGAUAUGCGAUGGUGAUGCUCAAGGUGGUUUUAGCCCACCUGCUGAGGAACUUCCUAUUCGAGCCCCUUGGCGAGCGACAGGUGAAAAUGAAGCUCAACUUUGUGAUCACCCUCCAUACCGUCGAUCCCUAUCUUUGUAGAGUAAAAAAAAUCGAUUGAGUCUAGCCAUGAGUCUAUUGACUUGGCCAAGACCUUUGACAAUAAAGUUAGCUUAUUUUGUAGAUACUAAUUAA